GAAACUAGACUGUUUUUGAAGCAUUUCCCGGUAUCUGUCUGAACAUAGCACACAGGGAAGAUUUUUCUGGGCCCCCUGUGAGGGCCUCUCAGCACAGAGUCCCCGCAGCGGCUGGAGGGAGGCUCCAGGAUGCCUUCAGUAGCUGAUUUGGGCAGGGUCCGGCUUGCGGGCAAGGCCAGGGCUGUCCCAUGGCUCCUCUGGCUGUGGCUACUGGUGCCGGGUACUCAAGGUGCACAAGAUGGGGACAUGCGGCUGGUCAAUGGGACCAUAGCCAACGAGGGCCGAGUGGAGAUCUUCUAUGGAGGCCAGUGGGGGACAGUGUGUGACAACCUCUGGAACCUGGCUGAUGCCACUGUUGUCUGCCGGGCUCUAGGGUUUGAGAAUGCCACAGAGGCGCUGGGCGGAGCAGCCUUUGGGUCAGGGACUGGCCCUAUCAUGCUGGAUGAGGUGCAGUGCACGGGGACAGAGUCCUCGCUGGCCAGCUGCAGGUCCCUGGGCUGGCUGAAGAGCAACUGCAGGCACGACAGGGACGCAGGCGUGGUCUGCACCAACGAGACCAGACCUGAGCACACCCUCGACCUCUCCGGGGAGCUCUCCGCCGCCCUCGGCCUGAUCUUCGACAGCCAGCAGGGCUGCGACCUGUCCAUCCAGGUGGUGGGGCAGGGCCAGGAGGCGCUGGGCCUCUGCGCCCACACGGUGAUCCUGACCGCCAACCCCGAGGCACAGGCCCUGUGGGAGGAGCCAGGCAGCAGCGUGGUCAUGCGUGUGGACAGCGAGUGCAUGUUUGUCAUCAGGGACUUUCUGAGGUACCUCUACUCCCGGAGGAUCGAGGUCUCCCUGGUGUCUGUCAAGUGCUUGCACAAGCUGGCCUCUGCCUAUGGGGCCAUGCAGCUGCAGGACUACUGCGGACAGCUCUUCUCCACCCUGCUCCCCCAGGACCCCUCCUUCCACACGGCCCUGGACCUCUACGCCUAUGCACAGGACACGGGUGACACUCUGCUCGAGGAGCGGUGUGUGCAGUUCCUGGCCUGGAACUUCGGGGCCUUGACACAGGCCGAGGCCUGGCUGAGCGUCCCCAUAGCCCUGCUCCAGGAGCUCCUCCUCCGGAGCGAGGUGGCCGUGCCCAGUGAGCUGGCCCUGCUGCAGUCGGUGGACACCUGGAGCAAGGAGCAGGGCGCCUCCCAGGCAGAGGCCGAGGCCCUGCUGGGACAGGUGCGCUUCCCCAUGAUGUUGCCCGAGGAGCUGUUCCAGCUGCAGUUCAACCUGUCCCUGUACCGCGACCACAAGACCCUGCUCCAGAGAAAGAUCCUGCAGGCCCUGGAGUUCCACACAGUGCCCCUGUGGCUGCUGGCCCAGUACCAAGGUCUGAACCUCACCGAGGAUGCCUACAAGCCCCGGAUUUACACCUCGGCCACCUGGAGCGCCUUGGUGACAGCCAGUUCUGGGAACCAGGACUGGAAGUAUCGGAUCCGGGGUUACCCGUACUAUUACAGGAACAAAUUCUCUUCUAGCUACAUGAACAGCCCUUACCAGUCCUUCCAGACCCCAGAGCACCCCAGCUUCCUCUUCAGGAAGAUGCUGGUCUCCUGGACUCUUGCCUACCUGCCCACCAUACAGAGCUGCUGGAACCUUGGACUGUCCUGCUCCUCUGACGAGCUCCCAGCCCUAGGCCUCACCAGGUCUGGUUCCUCCAAUCCCAGCAUCGGCUAUAAAAACACAGCCCUGGUGCUCUGCGGCGGCGGCGUAGUGGUGGACAUCGUAGGCUUCCAGGGCUCAAAGGCCUCCAUCCCCAGGGCCCUGGGCACCAACAGCUCUAGGAGCACUUCCGCCUUCCCCUGUGCUUCAGGCUCCUCCAGCAGCUUCCGCGUGGCCAUCCGCCCCUUCUACCUGACCAACACGACCAGCCUGGGCUAGACGGCACCACCCAGAUGCUAGGCCAUGGUGCUGGGGAAGCAGGGCGAGGGCCAGGCGCCACACCAAGGCUCCCUUCCUUCGCUUCUUCCUCUCAGCAGCCACCUCCAACAACCAGCCACCAGAUGUCUCCCUGCUUCCACUGGUCUCUACGACCUUGAAAAAAAUUAUUGGAAGGCCUCCACUAGCACUCACCACAGGUCCUGAGAUUUUCUGUACUCCCGCAGGUGCUGAGGUCUCAGAACUCCCACAGCCUCCCGUGCCUGGCUUCCAGCUGAGGAGGCAACAAGGUCACUGUGGGAUUCCCAGGUCCCCUCGCAGUCGCUCUGUCCACUGCUGUCACUGCUCUGAAGCCAUUAAAAGCACAUUGUGCUUCCCUUUCUGUUCAGUCGUGCAGGGAGGGUUCCUGGGUUUGUACCAUGCUGGAUGUCAGGUGUGCUGGGCUCUGGGAAAUGGGAAGAGGCAGAACCUUGUCCUCGUGCAGCUGUGGCCAGUCAGGGAGACGGGCAGUAGCAAGAGCACCUCCCAGCCUGGUGCCACCGCAAAGGGGUAGUGUCUGAUGGGGACCGCAGGGUGGGAGGCGGCAGGCACAGGGCACGGGCCCACCCCCAACUGGUGAGACCGCUGAAGAAAGUGACUGUGAAGCCAGGUAUGGUGGCACACGCCUGUAAUCCCAGCAUUUAAGAGCCUGUGGCAGGAAGAUCCCA